AUGCGUAGAAGUAUCUAUCUCGAUAAUACUAUAGAAUUCCUGAAGGGAAGGGUCUAUUUAGGUGCAUACGACUACACCCCUGAGGACACCGAUGAAGUCGUCUUUUUUACUGUGGAAGAUUCCAUCUUUUACAAUAGUUUCCAUCUGGAUUUCGGUCCUAUGAAUAUUGGACAUCUCUAUAGAUUUGCUGUAAUAUUUCAUGAAAUAUUGAAUGACUCUGAUAAUUCCAAUAAGGCUGUCGUAUUUUAUUCAUCAGCAUCGUCAAGACAAAGAGCCAAUGCAGCAUGUAUGUUAUGUUGCUACAUGAUCUUGGUGCAAGGAUGGACACCACAUCAAGUCUUACAACCAUUGGCGCAAGUUGAUCCACCAUUUAUGCCAUUCAGAGACGCCGGUUAUUCUAACGCUGACUUUGAGAUUACCAUUCAAGAUGUUGUGUAUGGUGUAUGGAGAGCCAAAGAAAAAAGUCUGAUUGACCUACAUUCUUUCAAUCUGGAAGAGUAUGAAAAAUACGAACACGUCGAAAAUGGUGAUUUUAACUUACUAACACCGGAUUUUAUUGCGUUUGCUUCCCCUCAGGAAGAUUCCAGAUUAUCUGGGUUGAGUUACAAGAGUCAUUUGAAUCAACCUUUUAGAAGUGUUUUGAAAUUUUUUACUGAAAAUGACGUUCAAUUAGUUGUUAGAUUAAAUUCCCAUUUAUACAAUAAGCAACAUUUUGAAGAUGUUGGCAUUAAACACGUCGAUAUGAUUUUUGAAGACGGUACAUGUCCUGAUAUGUCAAUUGUCAAAAAUUUCAUCGGUUCUGCUGAAACAAUAAUAAAAAGAGGAGGUAAAAUCGCAGUUCAUUGUAAAGCAGGUCUUGGAAGAACAGGUUGCCUCAUCGGGGCUCAUUUGAUCUAUACUCAUGGUUUCACUGCUAAUGAAUGUAUUGGUUUCUUAAGAUUUAUUAGACCUGGCAUGGUUGUAGGUCCACAACAACAUUGGUUAUACUUGCAUCAAAAUGAUUUCAGGGAGUGGAGAUAUACUUCUAGAGUCUCUCUAAUCCCAAGUGAUACGAUAGGUGGGCUAUAUCCAUUGGUGAGUUUAGAUACAUAUCGUAUACAAAGGAAAAAACUGAAGGGAGAAAGUGGUAAAAAGGAUUCCGAGAAUCUUCGAGACCUUAAUAUGACACCUUCAAGGACGAACAAAUACACAAACGAAUCCAAUCAAUAUCAGUCAUCUGCGGUACCACAAAAUUCCCCCGGUCAGCCCAGAAAGACUUUCAAUGGUGCUAAUACAAUUGAAGAUUUACCAAGUUCUAAAUCUACAAAUAAUGAAAAUAUGAAUAUUGAUAAUAACUCAGACGAUGAAGCUAUGCAGAACGAUGAUAUCGCUGGAGGAAAACUUACAGAUGUCAGAACUGACGUGAAGUCACAAAAUGAGUCGGUCAUCUUGAGACAACUGCUGCCAAAGAAUAAACGUGUCGCAUCCGGUAGAAGAACCGCCAGUUCAUCAGGAGGUGUAAGAAAAAUGAGUGGUACAGCCGCCUCCAAAAGAUGA